AUUCAAAUAAAAUAAAUUUAAAUCUAAUGGCUAGGAACAAUAUUGUUGAUCUUUCAUCUCUCCCUCCACUGCCUGCAGACAUCGCAGAGGACCUGAAGGAUGCUUUUGAUGACAAGGAGCAGGGAGGCUGCAUCGGGCUGAUUCAUUUUAAGAACAUCUUGCAUAAUUUCGGAUUUCAUUCUAAGAGCAAGACUGACAUGGACAAUGAACUUAAUGACAAACAUGAUAUCAAACUCUCUGAAAGAACCAGUUUCACAUUCGAUGAAGUGAAGAAAGUGAUUACGUACAGAUUAAUGAAGGGAAAAGGAAUGGAUGAAGAAGCAGAGGAAUGAUUCAGGCUAAUAGAUGUAAGAGAAAGAACAUAUGUCACAGCCCAGGACCUUAAAACUACCCUCUCAGCUAACCUUGAUGUCCAAGUGACUGAGGAAGAUAUUGCAGAAUUUAUGGAGAUUGCAGGUGCGGAUAAUGGGCAGCUCUACCUCCCUAACUUCAAAAAGCUUUACUUGUAA